UUAGUGGUGUGGGGUGGUAGUUGGCGGGUGGUUGAGCUGAUCCUGUCGCCAUGUCCGCGGGGAGUGCGGCGCAUCCCGGGGGUGGCGGGCGCCGAAGUAAAUGGGACCAGCCAGCACCAGCCCCACUUCUCUUCCUCCCACCUGCUGCCCCUGGUGGAGAGAUUCCCAACAGUGGGGGGAGUCCUGGGGGAUCAGCAGCUGCUCCCUCAGGAGCCUUAGAUGCAGCAGCUGCUGUGGCAGCCAAAAUCAACGCUAUGCUGAUGGCUAAAGGAAAGCUCAAACCAACCCAAAAUGCUGUUGAGAAGCUUCAGGUCCCAGGCAAAGGCCUGGUCAGCAGUAAAAGCAAAGAUGACCUGGUGGUAGCUGAAGUGGAAAUCAAUGAUGUCCCCCUUACAUGCAGGAACUUAUUGACACGAGGACAGACUCAGGAUGAGAUCAGCCGCCUGAGUGGGGCUGCAGUCUCCACUAGAGGGAGGUUCAUGACAGCUGAGGAGAAAGCCAAAGUGGGACCCGGGGACCGUCCAUUAUAUCUUCAUGUUCAGGGCCAGACACGGGAGUUAGUAGACAGAGCUGUGAACCGAAUCAAAGAAAUCAUCACUAAUGGGGUUGUGAAGGCUGCCACAGGGACUAGUCCAACUUUCAAUGGAGCAACAGUCACUGUCUAUCACCAGCCUGCUCCUGUUGCCCAACUGUCACCAGCUAUUGGUCAGAAGCCUCCAUUCCAGUCAGGGCUGCAUUAUGUUCAAGACAAAUUAUUUGUGGGUCUGGAACAUGCUGUGCCCACAUUUAAUGUCAAGGAAAAGGUAGAAGGUCCCAGCUGCUCAUACUUGCAACAUAUUCAAAUUGAAACUGGCGCCAAAGUCUUCCUACGAGGCAAAGGCUCAGGCUGCAUAGAGCCGGCUUCAGGCCGUGAAGCUUUUGAACCAAUGUAUAUUUAUAUUAGUCAUCCCAAACCAGAAGGCCUUGCUGCUGCCAAGAAGCUCUGUGAGAAUCUCCUACAAACAGUUCAUGCGGAAUACUCUAGAUUUGUGAAUCAGAUUAACACUGCCGUUCCUUUACCAGGCUAUACACAACCCUCUGCUAUAAAUAGUGUCCCUCCUCAACCACCAUAUUAUCCAUCCAAUGGCUAUCAGUCUGGUUACCCUGUUGUUCCCCCUCCUCAGCAGCCAGUUCAGCCUCCCUAUGGAGUACCAGGCAUAGUGCCACCAGCUGUUUCAUUGGCACCUGGAGUCUUGCCAACGUUACCUACUGGAGUCCCACCUGUGCCAACACAAUACCCGAUUUCACAAGUGCAGCCUCCAGCUAGCACUGGACAGAGUCCGAUGAGUGGUCCUUUUCUUCCUGCUGCCCCUGUCAAAACUGCCUUGCCUACUAGUCCCCAGCCUCAGCCCCCACUCCCAGCCCAGCCCCAGGGGCAGAAGAGGCGGUUCACAGAGGAGCUACCAGAUGAACGAGAAUCUGGACUUCUGGGAUACCAGGUACAGGCUUCUCCAGUCAGAGUGAGAUCGAGGCUGCAGGAUCGAAGCCGGCAAGUUCCUCAGGCAAGGAGAGAGAGAGGGACAGGCAGUUGAUGCCUCCACCAGCUUUCCCAGUGACUGGAAUAAAAACUGAAUCUGAUGAAAGAAAUGGGUCUGGGGCCUUAUCAGGCAGCCAUGGUGAGUAUGGUGUAGGUGGGAGACUCUUUAGUCUGGGCUGUAGCUUUUAGCUUUCUUAUCUGAUGUUCACGUGGGUGAUCCUGAAUGAUAAACUGCUUUUCUUUAUGUUCAAACACAUAACCUGUAGAAACCUAACCUUUUAUCUUUUAACUAGUACGUCCAGGAAGAUUUUAGAAAAUAUUGUCAGUUUACAUGGCACAUAGCAUCAACUUCCACAUUUAAAACCCACCAAAAAGGCUACUAAUUGAAUUUUUAAAUUAAGUAGCAAAUUUCAAAAUUCAAAAGUAGCAUUGCAUGCUCUUUAGACACCAAGAGUUAACUUUCUCAGAACUAGUGAAGAUAAUGCUUAGGACCUUAUAGAUCUCACACUGAGCCAUUGCUCAAUCUGAGAAUCUCCCCUCUCAACCCAGAAUAGUUGCUCUGGACUGUAAAAGGUCCAUAGGAUGUGGUGCUUUUUCAUACAGUGGCCUUAUUAAAAAUAAACAGAGGCAAAUACAUUUCUUUUAUACUUAACUUCUUUCUUUUAACUCUUUAAAAAGGUGAAAUGUCAGUCCUUAGAAACUCACUUGCUAACUUUCCUUUUUUUUCUUUUUUGUGUUUCUUUUUCUUUCUCUUUUCUUACAUGGUUCUGGUGGAUUCACAUUUGCUGAUGCUGGUGCUGUUUUCGUGUGAUCUUCAACGGUUUUGGGUGACCAUUGACCCUGUGACCUCAAAAUGGUGUCCAACUAACCACUUACAAUUAACAUCUUUUUUUAUUAACAAUUUUAUGGUAUUAUCUUUUUUCUUGGUGGGGAUGGGGGUUGGGGUUGCAUUUCUCUAUUCUAGAUUAUCCAGCUAAGAAGAUGAAAACCACGGAAAAGGGAUUUGGGCUAGUAGCUUAUGCUGGGGAUUCAUCUGAUGAAGAGGAGGAGCAUGGAGGCCAUAAAAAUGCAAGUACUUUCCCACAGGGCUGGAGUUUGGGAUAUCAAUACCCUUCAUCACAGCAUCGAGCUAAACAACAAAUGCCUUUCUGGAUGGCCCCGUAGAAGACAACAAAGCAGAUCUUUGAUCAUCAGUGACUCUUCUCUAGCAAUAAUGCAUGUGUAUCACAUAACAGAACAGACUGUGGAGCUGGGGGAGCCAUCUUUAACAUUCCCAGAAGUUAGAGGUGCUGUGUCCCCUUUCAGAGGAGUUCCAUUCUUUUAAAAAUGUUAUUAUUUCUGCAGCAGCAUACCAUCCAUUAAAAGAUGUUUAGAAUCACAGGCUUACUUCAGGGGAGAGAGGAUGUCUUGAGAGAAGAUGAAAUGUGCUUGCUUGAUAAAAGGAGCAAAGUGUUGCUUGUGGUCUGGCCCCCAUGUUAUUUACAAAUAUAAGACCCCAGCUCUGACAUAGUACAAAUACUAUAUGUAUUUCCCUGCAGUCCAUGGAUGAUUAUAAGCAGUGGCAGCCAAAAUCUUGGCAUUAAUGGGGACAUAAUUUUGAGAUCUUACAUUCUACCUUUUAAUAUUUAAUUCUUCUGAGACCCUUUUCCAUAUUCCAUUGUUGGAUUACUUUUGUUUUGAGAAAUGCUGUUUUCUCAUUUGAGAAUCUUGGAUUUUACCAGUUCUUGGGUGGAAAGUGGAAAUUACUUCCUCAUCUUUAUUGGGAUUAGCUACAUACCAGCACCUUCAGCAUAUUUAUGUCUUAAGACAGUCAUUGCAACCUUAUUUCAUCACUUUAAACUUUCCCUCUCUUCAGCUGGUCCAGGUGAAACUCCUUGACUAUGAGCAGGUCAGAGCAUCUGAAGUUAUUCUCUUACUACUCUCAGUUUACCAGGUUCUUUUCCCAACUGCAUAGCUUAUCAUCAUGGAAAUUGUAUGUCUCCACAGAACUGGUUGCAGCUGUAGUAGAGAGACUUGACUGCUCUGACUAGGCUGGUGAAUCAUUUAGAAUGACUGAAAUUGCAGCUAGUUCCUUUUUUCUUGGCAUUACAAAGGUCUUGCCAAAAGAACUUUUUUUGUAUUGAGAAUAUUGAUAUGUGAAUCCACUGAGAACGUCGGUGCUGGCCUGCAGAGCAGGAGUUAGUGUUUGAGAUACUGGGACUGUCGUUUUUUGCACACUUGAACACUUUGCAGGCUGGCUUUGUAUAAAAUUUCUCUGGUUUCCUAUAUGUUGUAAAUAUUUAGAACCAUAAUUUCAUUAUAAAUAAAUAUAAAUAUUCUGCA